UUGCAGGCCGGUGUGUAUCGCUCUCAGCAUCCGGUCUGUACGCGGGGCUCAUCCAUUACCUGGCGGCGAACCGACCGCGGAACACGGCUGGGAGGCACAUUUGUCAUGGGACUGGGUGAGCAGUCUCUGCAAGGAUGGGCGUCCUGGCUGCUGUUCUGUCUGCUCAGGAUGGCUGAAUAUGGCGUCCAUGGUGAGCGCUCGGAAAAUGUCUACCUUUCAGGGCUCCCGCAGGCUUGUGGAGGGAUUCCUCAACAGAUCAUACAGCCUAGCGGUAUCAUCACCAGUCCGGGCUGGCCUAUAGAAUACCCGUCGAGAAUAAACUGUAGCUGGUACAUCCGUGCCAACCCUGGAGAAACCAUCACGAUCAGUUUUCAAGAGUUUGACCUUCAGGGAUCAGCUACGUGCAAUUUCGACUGGCUAUCUAUAGGUCCGUCUCAGAACUCUGAAGGGGCCAAGGCGUGCGGUUCUACCAUCCCAGCGCCGUAUACCUCCUCACAGGACCACGUAUGGAUCAAGUUUCAUGCAGAUGACCACAUCUCGAGAAAAGGAUUCCACUUAUCUUAUGCUGCAGGAAAGAAAAAAUGUGAACGGAACAGAUUUCGCUGUGACAAUGGAAAAUGCAUUUCCGAAACCUUAAAAUGUAAUCGCAUGGACGACUGCGGCGAUGGUUCCGAUGAGAAACUAUGUGCCAAGCUGAACCACCCGACGGAGGCGGCCUUUCAGCCCUGCGCUUCUAACCAGUUCCAGUGCCUGUCGCGUUUCACGAAAGCCUACACCUGCCUGCCUAACUCCCUGAAAUGUGAUGGGAACAUCGACUGCCUGGACCUGGGAGAUGAGAUUGACUGCGAGUUACCUACUUGUGGGCAGUCCCUGAAAUACUUCUACGGUGCAUUCAGCUCCCCCAACUACCCUGAUUUCUACCCCCCUGGCAGCAACUGCACGUGGCUUAUCGACACAGGAGAUCGCCGCAAAAUUAUCCUGCGUUUUACGGACUUCAAGCUGGAUGGGACCGGCUAUGGAGACUACGUAAAAAUUUAUGACGGGUUGGAGGAAAACUCCCGUAAACUUUUGCGGGUUUUAACCGCUUUCGACUCCCACGCUCCCCUUACUGUAGUCUCAACUUCCGGUCAAAUCCGGGUCCAUUUCUGUGCCGAUAAAGUCAACGCAGCCAGAGGAUUCAAUGCGACGUACCAAGUGGACGGCUUUUGCCUCCCCUGGGAGAUCCCCUGCGGUGGUAACUGGGGCUGUUACACCGAGCAGCAGCGCUGCGACGGCUACUGGCACUGCCCCAACGGAAGGGAUGAGCUGAACUGCUCCAUGUGCCAAAAAGAUGAAUUCCCUUGCUCCAGAAAUGGGGUCUGCUAUCCGCGGUCGGACCGCUGCAAUUACCAGAACCAUUGCCCCAACGGAUCAGAUGAGAAAAACUGCUUCUUUUGCCAGCCCGGAAACUUUCACUGCAAAAAUAACAGAUGCGUCUUUGAAAGCUGGGUGUGCGAUUCGCAGGACGACUGCGGCGACGGCAGCGAUGAGGAGAACUGUCCGGUGAUCGUGCCCACACGUGUUAUCACUGCGGCAGUGAUUGGCAGCCUCAUAUGUGGGCUGCUGCUGGUGAUUGCCUUGGGCUGUACCUGCAAGCUCUACUCUCUACGCAUGUUUGAACGCAGGUCCUUCGAAACACAACUUUCACGGGUAGAGGCUGAUCUAUUGAGACGGGAAGCCCCGCCGUCUUACGGCCAGUUGAUUGCUCAAGGGUUAAUCCCUCCAGUGGAGGAUUUUCCGGUGUGCUCUCCAAACCAGGCCUCUGUUUUGGAAAACCUGAGAAUUGCUGUACGCUCUCAGCUGGGAUUCACAUCCAUUCGACUGCCAAUAGCCGGCAGGUCCAGCAACAUCUGGAAUAGGAUUUACAAUUUUCUACGGUCCCGAAACUCUGGUUCUCUGUCUCUGGCAUCUACCAGUGGCGAUGGUACUACAAGUCAAGGAGCCAGUCAAGGAGAUAGAGGCAGCACCCACAGGGGACUCUUCUCUGUGGAGUCUGAUGAUACAGAUGGGGAAAAUGACAGAAGAGAUGCUCAAGGGGCUGUUGGCGGUGUUGCUGCUCCUUUGCCUCAGAAAACUCCUCUUGCUUCCGCUGUGGAAGCGACAGUGAGCGGAAGCGGGAGCUCUACUACUCCAGCAUCUAACAGUAGACCAGCAGACAACAUCAGGGAGACCCCUGCUCCAGAACCUCCAGUUGUAAGUCCAGCCCGACAGCAGCUCAGCAGCGCCCUUAGUAGAAUGACUCAAGGUUUGCGUUGGGUGCGCAUUGCUCUCGGGAGGUCAAGCUCUGCAGGUCAGAACCAAAGCCCCCUGAGGCAACUCGACAGCAGUGGAGCUGGAAGGGAAGAUGACGACGACGUAGAGAUGUUGAUUCCAGCCUUAGAUUUUGACCUUAAUGACUGCACUAGGCCGUUACUAGAUCUUGCCUCGGAGCAGGGGCAAGGACUUGCACAGCCUAGCGCAACACCUCAAGGAGCGAGGUCCUGCAGUCGCGACGGUCCUUGUGAGUGCUGUGGUAUAGUCCACACCGCUCAGAUCCCAGACACCUGCUUGGAAGCGGUGCUCAAGAAUGAAACUAGCGAUGACGAGUCCUUGCUUCUCUGCUAGGCACACACUUGGCACUUGGGAAUCGUGUUAUGGAGCAAUAUCUAGUCACCAUUUUGUACUUCACAGAAACCAACUAACGCUUGGGAUCUUCAGGCCGUAAAAAAAAAUUACAAAAAAAAAAUAAAACACAGGAACCAGUUCUGCAUCUUGGCCCUCGUGGUUUACUACCGUGAACGUCUGCGGAGAUAUUGGUGGAUGAUCCAUGAGCUUUUGACGGUACAGAAUUAGUCUAGUUUACGCUGUGUAUUGAUUCGUUGUGUAUGUGAGUAGCAGGUACAUGCACCCGAACACGAGCGGUAACGAGCGAGACUUUGCUUUGGGUGUAACGCAGCGAUCCUCUGGUACAAGACAAAAAUCACAAUUUCAGAAUUUGAACCCGGAUAAAGUGUUUUUUUUUUUUUUUCUUAUUUCAUUUAUUGAGUGUUUUCGCUUUGUUAUGCCUUAUUAGUGUAUAUCAUUUUGUACGGGUCCUGUCAGACUCUCAGACCUCACUGGGUUUUUUGUUUUUUUUCUCCAUUUAAGUGUUUUAAAUAUUAUUAUUUUUUUUAUAAUUGUAUAUUUGUAAUUGGAACUGUCACCGAAGUACAGCUCAGACCUUUGCGCGUGUUUACCGAGUAUGUAGUCUACAGAUUUGCUAGGGACAAGGCCACCAUGUUAAUAUUUACGGGCUCCGGCAUGUAUUUGUGGCUUAUGGUUGCCUUGUGAAAGAAUAGAUUACAUCGUUGAAUCAGACUUGCCGUUUCUGCUGUCCUGAGCGCCGGGGUCCACUUGGGAACUCAUUACUUGAAACCACAUAUCAGUGGGCGCCCACAGCUUACCUUGACAGUACUUCCAGAUGUGUAGAUUAGUAGCCUUGCUCAGAAAUUAAAAUAUCUUAUCAAGGUGCAGUACCUCCUCCUGUCCAGCGACGUCACUGUUGUGAGCUGUAAAGAAGGUACAGUAUACCGUAAACCGGUGUAUAAGGAAGGAAGAUCCUUUAAAAUCAUGUAAAAACUCAAGACAAAGGAUUAAAAUAUAUUUUUUCAAGAAUCUUCUCUCUUACUGAACACCUUUUCUUUUUCGUUAAAGGGGAUGUCUUAACUCCUCCAAGCCCUGUUAAAUAAAGGAGUUGUCCAGGGCCUAAAAACCAUGACUGCUUUUUUUUACAAAAACAAUAGUUCAUGGGGUUGUCUGGUAUUGCAGCUCAGUUCCAUUUAAAUAAAGAGGGCUGAGCUGCAAUACCCCACACAACCUGUGGAGAGGGGUGGUGCUGUUUGUGGCAGAAAGCAGCCAUGUUUUUUGUUUUUUAAAUCCUGGACAAUCAGUACAAUAAUACACGUAGAGAUCAUGUAUUACUGAGCUUAACAGGGCUUGCAGGAGGUCACACAUUCCCUUUAAAAGGCUUGCUAUAUGGAAAAUAUAAUUU